AUUGGAAGCGGCAAAGGCAUACCACUCUAAAGGACUCACCUAUGAUGGUAGAGUUGAGGGAUUCAAUGGUGGCGGCUUGCUGAUUAAAUUUUAUUCUCUUCUUGGGUUUCUUCCCUAUCCACAGUUGAGCCCCUCCCAUUCAUGCAGAGAACCCAAAAGUCCAUCCAAGAGAUUGCAAGAGCUUUGGUAGGUUCUAUUAUUUCAGUGAAGGCUAUCCAAGCUGAUGAGGAGAGCAGGAAGUUGAUCUUCUCAGAGAAGGAAGCCAACUGGUCCAAGUUCUCUCCGCAGCUGAAGGUGGGGAACAUUUUUGAAGGUAAGGUGGGGUCUGUCGAGGAUUAUGGUGCCUUCAUUCAUCUGCUCUUCCCGGACGGAUUGUAUCACCUCACAGGACUUGUGCAUGUUUCAGAAGUGUCAUGGGAUUUAGUGCAAGAUGUAAGAGAUGUCCUAUUCGAGGGUGAUGAAGUGAGAGUCAAAAUUAUAAACAUAGAUAGAGAGAAAUCGAGGAUCACUUUGUCAAUAAAACAAUUGGAGGAAGAUCCCCUCUUGGAAACUUUAGACAAAGUUAUUCCUCAGGACACCUCAGUUGAUCCCAAUGCCUUAAAUGGAAGUGAACAUUUUGCUAUAGAACCUCUUCCUGGGCUUGACACGAUUAUCGAAGAGCUUUUGAAGGAAGAUGGCAUUAACGAUGUGAAAAUCAGCCGACAAGGAUUUGAGAAGCGGGUAGUUUCACAAGAUCUGCAGCUUUGGCUAUCAAAUGCGCCCCCAAUAGGCGAUCAAUACACACUUCUCGCUCGAGCUGGAAGACAGGUUCAAGAAAUACAACUGCAUUAUACAGUUCCAUACCCGGAGGAGGACACUGCGUCAACUAGCACUAUGCGAACACGUUUCAAAGAAUUUCGAGGUGUUGUAUAUCUUUUGUUCCUUAAUCCCUUUUACUCAAGUAAUUCUUCAACCAUAUGUAUAUGCUUACUUUGCCUCAGUGAGACAAUGUUUACUUGUGAAAAUUGUACAUUUAACAGAUGUUAAUAGCC